GUGCCGAGAAGUUGUCACACCUGUGUGCAGUUUUAGGUGUUAAUGACGGCAGGUGGACAGGUUGUACUUUAGUGGUGUUGCUGCAUUCAGCUGCGUUUCCUCUGGGGGAUCUGUCCUCUGCCUGAUCCCUGACUGCAGCUGCUAAUCCCACCAGCCAGCCCUGCACCAUGGACUUCAUCAUCCAGUUGCUGUUCUCCCCCCUCCCCACACCAAUUGUCAUCUCAUUGAUCACUCUUGGUGUUGCAACCUUGUUUUACCUCAACUCACGACCCAGUCCUGUUCGCUCUCCAGCUGACCUCAAACGGCAGUCUCUAGGUGUCAAGGAUGGAGCAAGAAAAUCGGCCAUUUUGGAGAACAACAACAACCUGAUGUCUUAUUACCAUGAUGAUGCCAAGACCCUGUAUGAAGUUUUUCAGAGAGGCUUGAACGUUUCAGGUAAUGGACCAUGUCUGGGCUACAGAAAGAAAGGACAACCAUACCAGUGGCUCAAGUACAAACAGGUUUCCGACAGAGCAGAAUUUCUCGGGUCAGGACUUCUUCACAAAGGUCUAAAGCCCAACACCGACUCGUUUGUUGGUAUCUUUGCUCAGAACCGACCUGAGUGGAUUAUCGGUGAGCUGGCAUGUUACACCUACUCCAUGGUAGCGGUUCCCCUAUACGACACGCUGGGUCCUGAAGCUCUAGUGUUCAUUAUUGACCGAGCGGAUAUCUCCAUUGUUCUCUGUGAUGAUCAGAAGAAAGCAGAAACUCUGCUGCAGAACCGUGAAAAAGGCCAUACUUCUGUUCUAAAAACCAUAGUGAUCAUGGACGCGUUCAGCCCAGAGCUGGUUGAGAGAGGGGCGACGUGUGGGGUGGAUGUUAUGUCCCUGCAGGACAUUGAGGCGCUGGGGAAAAGGCAUCUGCAAAAACCAGUUCCACCAAAGCCAGAGGACCUAAGCAUUGUUUGCUUCACCAGUGGCACAACAGGAAACCCUAAGGGAGCCAUGCUGACUCAUGAGAAUGUGGUUGCUGAUGCUGCAGGUGUCCUGAAAACCUUUGAGCCAUCAGUCAUUCCUUCCAUGGACGAUGUCCACAUUUCAUUCCUACCUUUAGCGCACAUGUUUGAGAGAAUAGUUCAGACUGUAGUUUAUAGUUUUGGAGCCAAAGUGGGAUUCUUCCAGGGUGACAUACGACUGCUACCUGAUGACAUGAAAACCCUGCAGCCCACCAUUUUCCCCGUAGUUCCUCGACUUCUCAAUCGUGUGUACGACAAGGUUCAGAGUGGAGCCACAUCUUCCUUUCAGAAAUGGUUGUUGAACUUUGCUGUGGAGAGAAAAUAUGCUGAGGUGAAGGACGGCAUCAUCAGGAAGAACAGCAUUUGGGACAAACUCAUCUUCCAUAAAGUCCAGGACUCUCUGGGGGGCCGUGUGAGGAUCAUGGUGACUGGAGCAGCACCCAUAUCCCCGUCUGUUCUGGACUUUCUCAGGGCUGCUCUGGGCUGCCAGAUCUUUGAAGCUUAUGGUCAGACGGAAUGUGCUGCUGCAUGCACCAUCACCAUGCCAGGAGAUGCCACAGCAGGUCACGUGGGGGUGCCUCUGCCUUGUAAUUUUCUGAAGUUGGUCGAUGUUGAGGAAAUGAACUACUUUGCUUCAAACGGUGAAGGAGAGGUUUGCAUCAAAGGGACAAAUGUGUUCAAAGGUUACUUGAAAGAUCCAGAGAAGACUGCAGAGGCCUUGGAUAAAGAUGGCUGGCUCCACACUGGUGACAUUGGGAAAUGGCUUCCGAGUGGUGUGUUGAAGAUUAUCGACCGCAAAAAGAAUAUCUUCAAGCUUGCUCAAGGAGAGUACAUAGCUCCAGAGAAGAUUGAGAAUGUGUACAUUCGUUGUGGACUUGUGGCUCAAGUAUUUGUGCAUGGAGACAGUUUACAGUCCUGCCUGAUCGCUAUCGUGGUUCCUGAUGCAGAUGUUCUACCAGGUUUUGCAAAAAUUCUUGGCAUCCAAGGCUCCUUUGAAGAACUGUGCAAGAACACGAAAAUUAAGACGGCUAUAAUUUCAGACAUGAUCAAACUGGGAAAAGAAGCCGGACUCAAAUCCUUUGAGCAGGUGAAAGAUGUUCACCUCCACCCGGAGCAGUUCACCAUCGAGAACGGCUUGUUGACUCCAACCCUCAAAGCCAAAAGAGCCGAGCUCAAAGUUCUGUUCCAGCCUCAAAUCGACCAACUUUAUGCCAACAUUCAAUAAAAUAAACAUCAGCUAC